CUGAUCGGUGUGUGCGACAAGCGAGUAAAUAAAAUAUAAACAAAGACCACAGUGUAAAUCUUUAUUGCUAAAAAUAUAGCUAACAGUACAAUAAAGUGCGCCUAUAGUUAUUAAGUGAAAGUGUUCAGUGAAUACAAAAUAAACCAAAAACUAAAUAAUUGAUCGGAACUUUCAUCUUUGAACCACCCUCAACUUAAAAUAAUAAUAAAUAAAAGACGUAACGGCUAAAUAAAUGUCAAUAACUUUAAGCGAUAACAGUGCUUAAGUGUAAAACAGUCUAGUUAAUAUAGCUGUUACAAAGUUCUGAGUCUAAAUAGAGUGUGCCAAGUGUAGAUACUGAGUACCUGGAGUGCAUUUUGUAUAAAGCGACAUCUUGACAUUAAGCGGAACAACUGUGUUAAAAAUAUCUGAUCGUUUAACAUGCCUACAGCAAAGUGUGGUGGUUGUGCGAAAUUUUUGUCGCCAUUAGACGCUGCCAAAUGCAAUCACUGUAAUGGUCUUUACCACCGUGCUUGUGUUUGCCUCCCGAGCACUGGUUACAUUAAACCUGCGUGGCGCUGCCCUGAGUGUAGCAAAAACCAGGUGAGAGACAAUAAGGCAGAUACACCAGUUCGGACCAGGACUGCCCAGGUUGAAGAGCACUUAAAUCCUGAAGAACUUAUGGAGACCAGCACAAUGAGCUGCACGACCCUGGACGCUACCAACCCUUUAUCUCCGGAUUUAGCUGACGAACUGCGGCUAUUUAAGGAGGAACUACGAAAAGAAUUUCGCCUGAUGCAUCGGGAGCUCCAGCAGCUGCGCACGGAAAUGGCGCAACUCAAAGAGUCUGUUAGGACAUCUGACGAGCGUAUGGAGAGCUUGGAGGUGCGUGUGGGGUCCCUCGAGCAAAGGCUGGAGCAACAAGUCCUGCCGGAGAAGGGUUCAUUAGAGAACACCAUUGACGAGCUGAGGUGUCAAUUGAACGACCGAGAUCAAGAGCUAUUAGUCAACGAUAUCGAGAUCUCAGGAAUCCCUGAAAGCAGGGACGAGAGCACCCUCCACCUGAUUAAGAUUCUCGGAACAAAGCUCGGCGUCAACAUCGAUGAGAAAGACGUCGUUCACGUUGAGCGCGUUGGUUCCACGCACCGAAACCGAAUCACCAACACCAUCUCUGCCGACCCCAGUGCGCAGCGGCCGCGUUGUAUAUCGGUUCGAUUCGCGAGGCGAUCUACGCGUGACUCAUUGCUGCGCGCGGCCCGAGUGCGGCGCGGUCUGAGUACACAUGACCUCGAUGUGAACGGGCAAGCGCACCGUAUCUACAUAAAUGAGCGGCUUACGCGAACGAACCGCCAACUAUUUUACCUCGCUAGACAGGCGGGGACUCGGAGAAAUUGGAGGUAUGUCUGGACGAGGGAUGGGAGAAUCUUGGCACGCAAAGAGGAUGGCCUAAAGGCCGAGCGCGUCCGAUGUGAGGCCGAUAUAAGCAGGAUUUUUGGUUAGGGACCUGUUUGUUCUGUUUGCAAACAUGUGUUACAAUGUAGUCAUAAGUCACUUGUCUUACACUAAUUGUACUGUUAUUGUGUUGUCUAUGUAUAGGGCAGUAGAAACGUUUUCAAUGAUUGGUUGUGGAUCUUUUUUACGGUUGUGUGUGUGUCUUUAUCAAGUUAUGCACAAACUGGAUGAUAUAAUUUUGUUCUUACUAUUUGUUUAUUUGAAGGUUAUUGUACUUUUUAUUACCUGUUUAAAAAUUGAUUACACUUUUUUGAUCCAUGUGGGUAUAUACCUCUACAAAAAUUGUUACUGUCUGUUAUGUUUUGCAUCGGCAUGUGUCAUGACGCUUACCAGUGGCGCAAACGUAAACCAAUAUUAUAGCACUACACAUAGAUACCUACACUUAACUUUUCCUGCAUUAUUUAUAAGUAUAUUUAUAUCUGUACAUGUAUCACGACUCGUUUGUUUGUUUCUCCUCAUUUUUUACACUAAGCAUAUUAUUACAAUGUUUACUAUUGUUAGACAGCGACAAAUACAAACACUACUAUUUUA